AUGUCCGUUACUGUACGUCCUCGCCGCGAAUACUAUUCGGAACCUCAUACUGAAGUUUAUUCAGUGCGCUUCUUUGAAUCAGGCCGUAUGCGCUGGCUGCAUGAGGUCGCACUCGAGGUCGGAGGUGAACAAGGCGCACGAGACCUGUUGCAAGGGAAAGGCAUUAGUCUCAUCCUGAAGAAGAUAGACUUGGACUUCAAGGCAAACCGGUCACCUAUCCUGACACAAUUUAUGCCGAAUCCACCGGACCCAGCGCACCUCCUCAUGCAUUCAAUUGCAUAUUCCAAUGCGCAGGAGCGCGUCGUAACAGAAUCAAACGCGGUUUGUGUCUGGUACGACUAUGAUAAUCUGCGAAAGGCCAGGGAUGGCCCACCAUCCCGGUUUGCAGCUGCAAUUGAACGGAGCCUGGAGAGAGCGUCAAACGCCAUCGAGGAAGUGUAA